AGUAAGUAUAAGAUUCGGUUCACUAGCCUGCUUCGGCUUCCCGUCCAGGUUUCUCCACUUUGUUCGCAUUGCUGCCCUAAGGAUUCAAACUUGGAGUUUAGGGUUCGUUGUUUUCGCUCUCUACAUCUCUCUGCUCCCCGUUUCUUCCCCACACCACUUCUGCCUCUCUCAGCAACUUUGUCGCCAUAUUUCCGAUGCUAGUCGACCCGACGAUUCUUGAUUCCUUGAGCGAGCAGACCAUUGGAGAGAUCCUUCAGAGCUGGAUCGCCUUCGUCUCCUGCACUGAGAUCCUUCUUGGCGGGAGUGGCGAUCUCUCCGCCGCAUCUGAGCUCGCCAGCUCGGUGACCAUCCUAUGCAGAAAUGGCUUACGCUCCCUCUUGGAGGACCACUUCCUCCAAUACCUUGAGGAUACAUUUAUGGCUAGAGCAGUCUUGAAGUUCUGGCGGCACUUUGAUAAGUAUUCUGAUGUGCUGAGAUUAGAUUUACAAAAUCAAAUUCUGGUUGAUCAGCUUCAUGAAGAACUUUGUUCAUCAUUGGAAGAGAUGUGCUCAGAAAAGAAUUACCAGGAAAAGUGCCUUGUUAUGCUCAUUCAUGCUUUGCAGUUAUACGAGGAGAGCAUAGCAACGGGUAAAAUUAAUUCCGGGCAUUAUGAAUCCAAUCUGCUUUCCAGAUACCAGUUGAUGGUCUCUUCUGUUCUUCUGACAACACUUCCUUCCCACUUCCCUGAGGUACUCCGCCUAUAUUUUAAGCACAAAUUGGAGGAGCUAAAUACCAUGAUAGCUGUCAAUUAUAAAGAUGGAAUGGAAUCUUUGAAUAAUGACAGAAAUCUUAAGUAUAAUGUUCCAGAUGAAAUGAACAUUGAUGGGAGCCAUCCUGAAUCUGCCGUAUCUAAGAACUAUACUUUGGUCAAAUGUAUUGGAAAGGUUGUUCUUGAUCUUAGAAAUCUUGGGUUUACAGCUUUGACUGAAGAUGCUUAUGCUUCUUCUAUCAUUCAGCUUUUGAAGGCCAAAGUUCAAAACUUAGCUGUUGAUGAUUAUAGGACCCCUGUUUUGCAGUCUAUUAAGGAGUGGAUACAGGCUGUUCCACUCCAGUUCCUGCAUGCUCUUUUAUGCUAUUUAGGGGACUCGUUUGACAAUGAUGUUUCAUCUGGCCCUAUAUCACCAUUGGCUUCACGCCCUCUUUCUUAUCCUGGUAUUGAUGCUCCCUCUGAAGGGCUUGUCAGGUGGCAGUUACGGUUGGAGUAUUUUGCUUAUGAAAAGCUACAAGACUUGAGAAUCGGGAAACUUUUUGAAAUUAUUGUUGAUUACCCUGACAGGUCCUCUCCCGCAAUUGAAGAUCUAAAGCAAUGUCUGGAGUAUACUGGGCAACAUUCAAAACUUGUCGAUUCAUUUAUUUCUUCAUUGCGAUAUCGAUUGCUUACAGCUGGUGCUUCCACUAAUGACAUACUGCACCAAUAUGUUUCAACCAUCAAAGCACUUCGAACUAUUGGUCCAACUGGUGUAUUUUUGGAGGCAGUAGGAGAGCCAAUAAGGGACUAUCUGAGGGGAAGAAAGGACACAAUUAAAUGCAUUGUUACCAUGCUUACUGAUGGAAGUGGGAUAAACCCUAGUGGAAUGGGCAAUACUGGUGAUAGCCUUCUUGAAGAAUUAAAUAGAGAGGCCGAAAAUCAAGAAACUGCUGAUACUGAUGACGAUAUAAAUGUUGAUGAUAAGCAAGCAUGGAUUAAUGCUGAACGUUGGGAACCUGAUCCGAUAGAGGCAGACCCGCUAAGAGGUAGCAGGCAAAGAGGGAAGAUUGACAUACUUGAAAUGCUGGUCAGCAUAAUUGGUUCAAAAGAUCAGCUUGUUAAUGAAUACCGUGUGAUGUUAGCAGAAAAGCUUCUUAACAAAUCUGAUUAUGAUAUAGACUCAGAGAUACGAACUCUAGAACUCCUUAAGAUACACUUUGGAGAGAGCAGUAUGCAGAAGUGUGAAAUAAUGGUCAAUGAUUUGAUCAGUUCCAAGCGGAUGAAUGCUAAUAUCAAGGCAUCCAAAUCUCAGCUCGCUAUGAAUGGUUCUGAGCAAGGAGAAAGCAUGUCUCUGGAUCUUGUUGAUGCUACAAUAAUUUCUUCGAACUUUUGGCCACCAAUUCAGGAGGAAUCUCUUCAUCUUCCUUUACCUGUUCAACAACUUCUUUCAGAUUAUGCCGAGCGAUUUCAUGAAAUCAAAACUCCUCGUAAGCUAUUAUGGAAGAAAUAUCUUGGAAUAGUAAAGCUGGAAUUACAUUUUGAUGAUCGAAAUGUGGAAUUCAGUGUCACUCCAUUACAUGCUGCAAUUAUCAUGCAAUUUCAGGAGAAAACGAGCUGGGCUUCUAAAAGCCUUGCAGCUGCUGUUGGGUUACCUGUAGAUAUUCUCAACAGAAGAAUGAGUUUUUGGAUGAGCAAGGGUGUCAUUACUGAUACUGGAGGAGCAGACUCUAGUGAGCGUGUUUUUACCCUUGUUGAUGAUCUCACCGAUACGAACAGAAAUGGUAUUUCUAAUGAAACUGAAGGAAUGGAUGAAGAGGGAGAAAGCUCUGUGGCAUCAGUUGAGGAACAGCUGCAGAAAGAAAUGACUAUAUAUCAGAAAUUUAUUGAAGGGAUGCUGACAAACUUUGGUGGUAUGCCGCUGGAUAGAAUACAUAACACACUGAAGAUGUUCUGUGUUGCUGAGCCAACUUAUGACAAGUCGCUUCAAGAACUACAAAGCUUUUUAUCCGUACUUAGAGCUGAAGAAAAGUUAGAUUUGAGGGAUGGGCAUUACUAUCUAAAAAAGUAGUCACAUGAGAAACCAUUGCGCAGGUGCUGAGCCUCUUUAGUGGGCCUGUUGCCUAUCAGAAUCAAUGACUCGCGAUCGAGCAAACAACCCGUGAAUCUAUUCGAAGGAAAUAUCUGUGGGCGUCAUUUAAUUUUAUUUUUUGUUAUUGGUGUUAAUCUUAAUGGAACAUUUUAAGUCUUAUUUAAUGAUGUUUAAUUAUGGUUUAAUGUUAAUGGAACAUUUAAUGAUUAAUUAUGAUUUAAUUAAGUUUA